AUGGACCGCGCUCGCCGCCCAACAACAAAUCGCCGCAAGCCUCAGGGAGUUUCUUCGUCUCCUGCGUCUGGCUCAGACGCUUCGUUUGAGCGCAAUCAGUCGUCCGCCAGUCCCAUCAUGACGCAUGCCACUAACACUCCACAAACCGCACAGCAAAACCGGCGCGCCCAAAAGCCUCUUCAGCCCGCCUUCACUUUCUCAACGCCAGGACCAACCACCCGGCCUUUGAAUCUGAGAAAGAGGUCAAAGACCAUGGAUGACUACAACAUGGCCGAGGAAGAUUAUGAAAACGACAGUCCCAAAAAGGGCGGUCACAGCCUACGCAAACGCGCGCGUGUUGACUACACGUUUGAGCAGAUUGACGACGACAUUGACUUUUCAAGCGCCAUUUCAGGCCCAGCAUCAGCAUCAGCCUCUGCCUCUGCGCCUCGUAAUAGGAGACGAAGGCCGGACAGCAACAGCUACGAUUCUGAGGAUCUCUACAGUUCUGGACUCAAGAGGCGAGGCGCCUCUGUUGAUGCUGACACGCCGUCCAGCCGGCGCCGCAAUCCCGCCAGGAAGACGUCCGAGGCGAGAGCCUACAAGGACGAGUUUGACGACGACGAAAACGACGUCCAGGACACCAUUGAGGUGGGCGUGCUGUAUUCCGACUCUGACAAGUCCGACAGCGCUCACAUGGACAUCUCCAAUGCUUCGUCGACGGACCUGUCCGUUGAUGCCCCACAAAAACCUACACCAGCCCUUUCAGGCUCUCAGCACCACGACGGCGACCUCAAGUCUGCCGACCAUGCCGCGGCGCAGGCCUCAGCAGAUGCGGAUGUGAAGCAGCCUGUUUAUCCGACUGCCAAUGCCGCUGGUUCUGCUGCUGAUUCCGCUGCCGGCUCUGCUGCCGGCUCUGCUACUGGCCCUGCCUCUGCUUCUGCGGCCGCUGACACCAACAUGCCCCAGCAGCAGUCUGGCCGUGCGAGUCUACCCGAUUCGGCCGCACCAGCCUCACCCACUGAGAACCCGGCUGAGCCACAGCCCAAGCUUCACGAAGCCGACGCCACACGCACUUUUAGCGACGACAUGGCGGCACCACCUGAAAGCUACGCGGAUGAGCUCAAGUCUCCACGCAGCAGCACGCCGCAGACGCAGACGCAGACGCAGACUUCUGGCAGCAUCGCCAAUAACACGGCCUUGACACAUGCGGCUGAGAAUGACACUCCCGCUGAAGAAACUGCAAGUGUCAAGCCUCUUAACCAACUUCCCGAAAAGGCAAUUCCACAGGAAAACCCUGAGGCACCACCAGAAAGCGACUCACUUCCGCAGCCGCAGCCUCAGUCUCAGCAAGAGUCCCAGGCCCAGCCUCAACCACAAGAGCCGCCAUAUUAUCCGUCGGCAGCAGCGCACUUGAUUACACUCACGGCGCCAUCCGUGCCGCAGCCCAAAACUCAGGUACAGGUACAGGCGGAAGAGGCACCUAAGGAGCAGACUCCGGAGCAAGACUCCAAAGCGCCCAGCCCUCCUCCCAUCACAGUCACUGCCCCAGCCAAGGACGAAGCCGAUGGCACCCCGGCCUCUCCAUCAAUCUCUGCUCUCGGCUCCACGACAUUGGACGCAUCCCAGUCAACGAGCACUGACACCACAUGCGCCGAGCCACGCGUGUCAUUGCCCGCGGACGGUGCCGACGCUGCUGUCAGCCCACCAUUACCAGAGAUCCAAGUCCAGAUUGAAGCCACAGCCAUGAAGCCUGCAGAUCAAGCGCCGCCAUCCCAGCCCUCUGAGCGAGGCCCGUUUAAGCCACAGCCUCGACCUGAAGGCCGGUGGGCUCACCUAACUCCAUAUAUCGAUGGAGAGUAUGUCGCGUAUCCUGAAAGGAAAGCUCAGCAAGAGGACGAAGUCACUACCAGCGAGGACCAAACUGCUGAUGAUCGAGAGGCCAAUGACAUGGAGCCAAUGGUCGAUGACAACGACGACAUUCCGGAUGCUGCCGGGAUCGAGGCACCCACGCCCGCUCUCAAUACGCCCUUACGGGGCUCUCCUAUGCCCGAUUCAAUCGACCCCACUGCCUCUAAUUCUCCGGCCGCUGGUGGAGAUGAUGGCGACGACGUUGAUGUUACUGAAGAGCCGCCCGAACGUAGUCGGUCAUUCCGCUAUCGCAAGCUCAGAGAUCCCAACGAAUACCUUGCCGCCCUUGAGAAUUUCGAGGAUAUGUCGACAGAAGAUCUUUACGAGGUCUUGGAGUCCAUCAACAUUUCACUUGUUCAAUGGCAAACCGAAUGGAACGGAUUAGGCAAGAUUGUCGAUGACUACGAAAACUCGCUCCGCCGGCGCGUAGCAGACGUCAAAUAUGAGUCUCGAACACGCAACUUCCACCAGCAUGGCGUCAAUUACGAAGAACCUGAAUUUGUUGUAAAGGGAUACAGGUCCAAGGACAGAGAGGGCAUGACUGAGACUCGCUACCUGCAAAACCAGGAUCGAAUUAUGGCAGCCGCUUAUGGAUUUGAGUAUGACCCACAUCCAUCCAAGAUUGGCCGCCAGAACCCAGAGACACAGCAAGCAGGAAUCAUGACCAGGGGUCGUUCCCUGCGCAAUCAGCCAAAGCCCACAGCCAAGGCGACAGAGGCAGACGAAGUCACUGGCAAGCGACAACGGAAGCCCGUUCAACUGUUCGAUCCGGCAACACAGGAUGUUAGUCGCAGCUCAACACCCGUCCCAACCACCAGACCCAGACGGCGUAGGACUGCCAAUGCCGAUAACGAUGAAAGUCAGGUCCUCUUUGCCGCUAGUUUCAACAGCGAGGCCAUCUCUGAGGACGAGGGUGGAGACGGCAGGAAGAGACGCAAUCGUGCAGCACGGCCCAAGACGAAUGUCCCCAGCAUCGUCGAAGAGCUCGUACCUGCUCCUCCAAGCGAAGAUUCCUCUGUGCGCGAUACACCAUCAAGAUCGGGCCGUAACAAGCGAGUCAAGCAGGCCCCCAAGUACGACGAGGAUCCACUAGGCUACCACUUUGUUGAAGAAGAGCCGCCCAAGCGUCGCCAUCUGUUGACUCUCAAGAUCCCCAAGGGCAAGAACAUCAGUGAGCCGUCUUCGGCAAUUACAGACAAUGGCGACUCGCGGCCUUCGACAGCCGACUCGGAUUCCACUUCGCACACUGCCGAGUCGUCGUAUUCAUUCCGCCCCAAGCGACAGAAGCGAUUCCGCGACGACGCCGAAGAGAGCGAGGAAGCCUCUCAAGCUCCCACAAAGAAGAGGAACAAGCGCAUCAACGUUGCUCCCCCGAUCGGAGGAGAAGAGUUCCCUCCUAUCUUGCCAGAAAUGCUCGAGCCAGAAGCAGCACUAGGGCCCAAUCGCAAGAUUCAGAAGAUCAAAGUUGUUCGUACUACACCGGCGAGCCGCAAGGGCACGCCAUCGUCGCUGCCCAACGGUGAAGAAGCUGAGGAGGCACCAAAGGACUACAAGAACAUGACCAAGUCAGAGAAGAUGUCAGCAUCCAUGAAGAGUCGCUGGGCCAAUGGCAACAUGGCUGGUGCUGUGGAGAAGCGAAAGGCGACACUCGCUGCGAAAAAGGCCGCGCAGGCCGCGGCCGAGCAGAGGGUUGGGCUCAUCGCCCCCAAGCCCAAGAUGAAGACGGCCAAGAAGGAGCCGGUUGAGCACAGUCAGAUGCCGCCGCCCUUUGCCCCUCAGCAACCACCGCAGCACUUGCAUGGAAUGGGAUACCCAUAUCCUCCAUCAUAG